CUAAAGGGAGGGGAUUAGAUGCAGGUUAUAGGUGUGACUGAGAUGAAAAUGAAACUCUUUACCUGUAGGACUUCAAGAGAUCAACUUUACAGAUCAACUGCCUAUAAAGCCAAACAUGGAGACUGCUCUUCCAGUGAGUAUGCAGGAGCCAGUGUGUCUCAUCAGUAAUGGGGAGGAUGGAAGCCUGAGUGUCUCCUCAGAGACACUCAAGAUCCUGCAGCAGAUCCAGCAGCCGGUUGUGGUGGUGGCCAUCGUGGGUGUCUACCGCACAGGCAAAUCUUUCCUGAUGAACCAACUCGCUGGGAAAUCAACAGGUUUUCCCUUGGGCAACACUAUUGAGUCCAAGACCAAAGGAAUCUGGAUGUGGUGUGUACCUCACCCUACAAAAGAAGGCCACACACUGGUGCUGCUGGACACAGAAGGAUUUCAAGACGUUGAGAAGGGAGACACAAAGCACGACAUCAAGCUCUUUGUUCUUGCCAUUCUGCUGAGCAGCACUCUGGUCUACAACAGCCGAGCGACCAUUGGCAACCGGACCAUCGAGGAUCUGCAUUAUGUAACAGAACUUACAGAGCAUAUAAAAAUCAACGCAAAUGAGGAAGAAGGGAACAGUGUACAGUUUGUGAAUUUCUUCCCAAACUUUAUCUGUGCUGUGAGGGAUUUCACUCUGGAAAAAAAGAUUAAUGGGAAGAAAGUGACAGACGAUGAAUACCUAGAUCAUGCCCUUCAGCUGAAGACAGGUACCUCAGGAAAAAUAGCAAGCUAUAAUCUUCCAAGAGAGUGCAUCCGGAAUUAUUUCCCAUCUCGGAAGUGUUUCACAUUCCCAUUUCCAACUAAUCCGGACAAUAUGUCUAAUUUGGAAAAAAUGAAUAAAAGUGAUCUUUUACCUACUUUUGUGAGGGUUGCAGAACAAUUUUGCCAAUUUGUUUAUGAAAAGAGCCAUGCGAAAGUGCUGAAAGAUGGAUUCAAAGUCAACGGGAAAGUUCUGGGUGAACUGGUAAUGCUGUAUGUGGACAUCAUCUCCAGUGGUGGCAUGCCCUGUCUGGAGAACGCGGUGGUUGCCAUAUCCCUGUUAGAGAAUGAGGCAGCGGUCAAGAACGGGGUUGGGGUGUACCGCAGUGGCAUGGAGGAGCUGAAGCAGACCUUCCCUGUACAGCUGACACGCAUCACCUCUGAACACCAGCGCCUCUACAUACACGCCCUGCAGGAGUUCAUGAAGCGGCGUUUUAAGGACGAUCAGGGAGAGCACCUGAAGUCUUUAGAGAAGCAGAUUGAAAACGAUUUUGAGCAGUAUUUGCUGCACAAUGAAGGGACUUCAAAGAAAGAAUGCCGUGAUCUACUGACAAGUCUGUCUGCUGAGAUGACCAAUCGAGUCCAGAGCAGGUUCUAUAUGAAACCCGGUGGCUACAAACUCUUGGAGAAAGACAUGGAGAUUAUUGAGAGUGAAUACACUAAACAGACCACAAACUCAGUCAAGGCCACGGAAAUCAUGGAGGAGUUCAUAAAGAAUAACUGGGUACAAUCUGAAUCCAUCAGGCAGGCUGAUUCCAUGCUGAGUGAGAAAGAAAUAGAGAUCAGCGAGGAGAGACAGAAAACUCGUCUCUUGGAACAAAAAGUGAAGGCCGAAGAGGAAGAGAAGCAGAGGCUGAAAGCACAGCUGGGAGCAGCCAUAGAGAAUCUUGAAAAUAAGAUUAAACUAAUGGAAGAGAACAAUGUGAAAAAUAUGAAACAAAGGGAAGAGGAGUUUGAUAAAGUUCUGCAGAUUAAGAUGAGGGAGCAGGAAGAGAUGCUGAAGAAGGGUUAUGCAAAGCAGGCUGAGAUGCUAAUGCUGGAGAUAGAGGAGGUGAAGAGAAGCCAUGCGGCAUAUCAAGCCAUGCAGGACAAAAAGUUUGAACUGAUGAUGGAAAAAUGUCAAAUGGACAGGCAGGAAUAUCAACAAGCCAUGUCCCAGAUUAAUAAGCAUCAUGAACAGACCAUAGCCUUGUUGAACCAACAACAUGAAAUGAUCAUGGCCCAGAUAAACGGUUCAAGUGACAAGCGGAGUUGUUCCAUACAGUAAAAGUAGUCCAAUCACAGCUGAUGAGUGUUAUGAUACAAUAUGAUACACAUCCACAACAAAAUGUAAAGUCCAUUGUCUUUUUCUGUGCAAAAGAGAGUUCAGUCAAAGAAUAUAUAGAAGUAGAAAUCCUCUCAAAUUAAUAUAUAAUUAACUAAAAGUCUAAAUGAAAACAUGCACAUGGGACAUACAGGAGACCCAUGCAACAGGAUCUAAGGGACCUGGGAGUUGAGUGGUGGUGAAUGAGAUGUAGGAUGGGGCCAGGUCAUUUAGGGCUUUAAAAAAACAUUAGUGAAAUGGUCAAAAUCAGGGUAAAUGUGCUCAUUGCCCAGGCACCAUUUAAGCCCACUUGCAAAUUUGAAGUCAUUUUAAAAAAUGAAGGGGCUGUAUCCAAUCUAACAAUUUCUUGGUAACAUGUCAGAAUCAGAAUCAGCUUUAUUGGCCAGGUUUGCGUGAUCAAACAAGGAAUUUGACUCUGGUUAAUCUUUGCUCUCAAGUACAACACUCAACAAUAACAUAACAAAAAAGAGUUAAAAAGAAUAAGGGCAGUAAGCUAUGUAUAAGAAUAAGGGAAUACAUACAGUACUGUAUGUGCAUUUCCAAAUAAAUAGAUGCUAUGGGUGGGAUAGGGUAAUACAAUUUAUGGAGGGGUAGUAUGGCCUUGUUGUUCCUGUCAGGCACAGGCAAGAUGCAGGAUGCAAUAUACAAUUGAAGAUAGGUUGGGAGUAGUGCAGUAUCAGUAUAGACUGAGGUUUAAGAUUAAAUACAAAUAUAGUGCAAGGCAGUUCAGUGCAAUGAUGAUGUAUUAAUAACAAUAAUGUAACUGUAAGAUUGAAGUGCACAUGAUAUGAGGUAUAUGAUAUGUCAUGUCAGUUUUUCUUGAGCACCGAUUACAUUUUUCAAUGUUUAGUUACGCCAGCCUACAUAAAUCAAGUCAAGUCAAUUUCUUUUUAUUGCAAAAAAAUAACAUUAAAUGAUAAAAAAUGAUAACAAUAACAAAAAUAUGAAUAUGCUUAAUAAAUAUAAUAGCAAACAUUUAUUUCAGAAGACUGUUAAAGUGCAACUCUGGCAAAAAUGUAUUAAAGGUGUAUUUUCUGAAUGGAAAUAGAGACCGUAUUCUUCAUUGAUCAAGUACUACAAAGCUAGCACCGGCAUAAGCAAGAUCCCAAGAGAGUGGAUUAGCUAAAAUAGCAUUUAACAAUAUUGCUCAAAUCCACUCGCUUCCUCUGGGUCCCUACACAUAAAACAAAGCAGCAACAAUGUAGUUCACAAACCCAAAGUUUAUAACAGAAGACUGUUAAGAACAAAGUCUAGAUCUCAUGUCACAUAAUUGCCUUAUAUGGAUUUUCCUUCGAGAGAAGCUGGUAAGGGGAGAGUUGGUAAGUGUUCUGAAAUGAACUCCAGGGCUCCGUUCGAAACGGAAGGCAGCUGCCUACUGCCUCCCUCCCUAAAUAGAGAGCUCUCUAACUAGACAUGACUUUAGAUUAAAUGCGUUGUUUAAAAAUGAGUGUAGCACUCUAGAAUCUUUGGUUAACACUACGGUAUGACCAGAGGCGUCAUGCAAGCCAAAAUUCUUAGGGGGCACAAUCAGCGACGUUGCAAUAAUUU